GACUCUGGAAUGAUGAGAGAGAUGGGUUCGCGUACAAUGCGAGGAAUGAUGUCGAACAUGAUGCAAGAAGAAAUGUCAGGCCUUGGCACACCUGAUAAAGUUCCUAUAGAAACGCGAAAUACUGGAAAUGACCAGUAUAUUAUGGAGAGAGAUACUCCUAUGAAAUUUCAUUAUAGUUUUUCUCGCCAAAAUGAUGGCGAAAUGGUGAACUUGCUAAGUGACCGCGCUCAUGUGUUGGCAUCAAUGAGUAAAAGAUCAGCAGAAAUGAUGAACGCACGGAGCGCCGAAGAUGUCCGAGAAAUUAUAGAUGAUCCCUCCUAUCAAGAGAUGAUGCGGGAAGAGUUUUCUCCAUACUGCUAUCAGCUGCCACGUUGUGACCCAAACCAAAAGUACCGCUCAGCCUGCGGUGCCUGUAACAACCUUAGGGCACCUCUGUAUGGAAAAUCCUUUACACCGUUUCGUCGAAUUGUAUCGUCCAAGUAUGAAGAUGGUAUUGAGGCACCAAGAACCGGAAGUGUACUAGGAGGUAGCUUACCAAGUGCUCGUGACGUCAGUAACGCUAUCCACCAGGAGCGUGCAACAAGUGUUAACGCCGUCAUUACGCCGUUUGUCUACUCCUUUGGGCAAUUUCUUGACCAUGAUUUCACUAGCACGCCUUUAAUGGAAGAUGAAAAUGGAAAUUUGAUUGAGGACUGCUGCUCAAACCCUGAAAGGUUUGAGUGUUUCAGCAUCCCCGUGUCAUCCAAUGACCCCUACUUUACCGACCCUACCAGAAAGUGUAUUCAUGUUGUGCGAGCUGACAUAGCACCCCCACUGGACUGUUCAUCAGGAAUUCGCCAACAACAAAACCAGAGAUCGGCCUUUAUAGAUGGUACCAUGAUAUACGGAUUCAAUAGGGCAAAAGAAGAUUCGUUACGGAUUGGUGAAAUGGGUUUUCUGAAGGUGAGUGAGGAUUUCCCAAACACUAAUGGAGUGCUGCCAAAGAGUGAAGAAGACAGCUGUAACAUACGGGAAGAGGACAGACAAUCACCGGAAAUACAGCAUUGCUUCGACUCAGGGGACCAUAGACAGGCAGAGAAUCCUCUACUCACUGUUAUACACACCGCCUUCGUCCGCCGUCAUAACCUCAUAGCGACCUUACUCUGGGAGAAUUUCGGUGUUACAGAUGACGAGCUCUUGUUCCAAGAGGCCAAACGUAUGGUAAUUGCUGAGUUACAGCACAUAACAUACAACGAGUUCCUUCCGAUUGUGUUGAAUAAGAGGCUGAUGAAAAUGUACAAUCUGAAAUCUAAGACAGCGCACGACCAUGUGUAUAACUCUUCUUCAGACCCGCGCAUCAUUAAUGCGUUUGCCACUGCUGUAUUCAGAUUCGGUCAUUCUUUGGUUAGGCAGGUAGUUGGAUCAGACAAUGGAGAAUUUGUUUAUCUGGAUCAACUGAAUAAACACUUUGACCGACCUCGAAUGACCUUGACUGGAAGAGGCUAUGGACAUGAGUAUCUGACAAACUGGAAAGCAAGAACAGGGGCAUCACAGCCAGAUGGUUAUGUCGUAGACGCCAUUCGUAAUAAACUUUUUGAAGCAGAAUCGUCCUCACUAGGUGGAGCUACACUAAGCUUUGACCUUCCUGCUAUGAAUAUUCAAAGAGGAAGAGAUCACGGACUGCCUGGAUACAAUGUGUACAGGGAGUGGUGUGGACUUCCUCGAGCUCGCCAUUUUGGAACUUGGAAAUUAGGACUUGUAGAUCAUGAUGGAAGAGAAGCAGCAAAGCUCCGUUCUGUUUACAGGCACCCAGACGACAUUGAUCUUUUUGCUGGCGGUUUGUCUGAGAGACGCCUCCGCGGUGCGUUAAUCGGUCCUACCUUUGCAUGUAUCCUGGCUUACCAGUUCCAACAACUCAAGGUCGGAGACAGAUACUGGUAUGAGAAUCCCCACCCAAUCUAUGGAUUUUCAACAGAACAAUUGAAAGAGUUGAAAAAAGUAACUCUUGCUAAGGUUAUAUGUUCCACAGCGGAGGAAGAUCAUAUUAUGGACAUCCAACCAAAUAUUAUGAUCCGCAGCAGCAAGAAAAAUUCCCGGAUGACCUGUAAUCAAGUGUUAGGAGGGGGUCACGAGUUGGGGUAUCAUAUUGACGUGUUUGGAACCAACUUUCCCGGUCAUAGGAAACCGCCAAUGAGAAAUAUGCAGAGAUCUGUGCGCAGAUUGAGGCGGAUCUAUCCAUAUAACCCGACACUGCAACAUCUCUUUAGAAACAGACUCCACAUUAAAAACAUUGCCAGAAAGGUUGUUAUUCCCACAAGGAGGAAACAUAGAAGGCGUAUUGUAGUCAGCAGACGGAGACCCCUCCGGUUUAGUCCUGUACUAACACGACGACGCCUACCUAGAAGGAUUGUAUUGGGUUGAAAUUUAGUAUUUUAUUAUUUACCAAGGUUGUGCGAUGAUUUCAACACGAUUUGUCAGUUUUUACAGGGACUUUUUAGACGUUCUGACGAAUGCCAUUUACAUUAUACCUAUACUGCUUAAGCUUUCUUACUGUUAUGCAUUGCUUUAUUAUGCUAAUGUAAGUAGCUAUUCCAUACGUAGUCAUCCACCUUGUGAAGUGAUAAUAUAACUACACUUUUAAACGAUUAAGGGAUUUGACAUCUCAGUGAAUCUACAUUUGGAUUAAAGAAAUCAUUAUAUGAAGCUGAUACUACAACUUUUUCAAUUUGUUGCAAUCCGAUAAUCGCUUGUUUAAUCUUAACACUUUAAACAUCUGCUAUAUGACAGCCAUUUUGUCAGCAAUAUGUAUAUUAGUAAAUUUAUCGUUUAUAAAUUUUGAAACUGUCGUCCAAUGAAAAUCGUUAUGACAACAUGGCCGAUUACAGCAGAGGUACAGAGUGUGUUAUAUGUUACGUAUAUUUACUAAUAUAACAGUAAUGUACGUAAAAACUAGGAGUGUCAAAAUAUUUA